GCCACGGAGCCAAGCGAUGGGCACAGCGAAUAUCAGGCAGCAAAGAUGUGGCGCAGUGCGGCAUCUACCGUCAAGCUCACAAUGAGAAGGUGACUAUCGACGAGCUCAGUCAAGAGGCACAAAGCCUCUUGGAGGAGCUUCAGAAGUCCGAAGGCGAGAAGGAUGAUCUCGAUCUGGAGUGGCGAUUGAACGAGAAGCUGGUGGAGGUUGUGGAUGCCCUUGCCGCAGCAGACGAAAGUGGUCCCGGUCGCCUUGCCCCUGCAGAGGGCCUUUUCGCUUUGCGCGACUUAUUGAAAAAGACUGAAAGGGGAAGCAUUGAUGAGGAGCGCUGCACCGCCUUUGAAUUGGAGAAGGCUGAUGUGCCUGGGCAGAUGCUGCGCUAUUUGAAGAUGCAGCCUGCGCAUGACACGUUGUCCGUCCGACAUCGGUUCAGGUUCCAGUGUUCUCCAUGGCAGCUGCACGAGGUGUUCGAUCAGGCUUCGUUGAAAGUCGAAGAUGUUCUAUGUCACGGCGUGCCAGAGCAAAUUGUCAUGAAUGAUCUGCGAGGCCAAAUCGCCGAGCAAGAUGCUUUGAAGUCCUUGCCGUCAGCCUUCCUAUUGGUUUUGUUGUAUACCUGCACUCUAUUGAGCACAAGCUCAAUUUCAGAUGUUUGGGCGCUUCAGCAUGCGGUCAGCUUCGACAUACUCGAGAAUGCCAACUUCGGGUUCAGCGGGAACCACGGCCACGAGAGCCUGCAUGAUGUCAACACUUUUACGGACUUCUCCUCCUGGCUGGAACUUGGCUUCCGUCCCUUGUUCUUGUCGAAAACGAAAGAACCCAGAGAAAAUAGCAGCGAGAUCCCCGAGACCAUGAAGCCGGAGGAGUUUGAUAUGUAUUUGCUCCACAUGCGCAAGGUCGGGCCCGUCAAACUGGCGCAGAUGGUUCUAGCACCCGGACCCUGCCGAGCACCAGGCUUGGCAGAAGCCUACGGAUUGAGCUGCGGUGUGCACAACAACGAGUACUUCAUGGAGGCAACUGCAGACGAGCUUUUGCAGAACAGCUUCGUGGAAGAACCAAGUCGAACAGUUUGGCUGGCAAAUUUGGGCCCAGAUGGACACUUCUUAGCCAGACAGCCAGCCGAUUUCUGUGCAAGCAGGUGGCUUUCGCGCGACACUCUUCGUGCCCGUCUCACCUUCGCAGUUUACAGCCCUGUGCUGGACAUCCUUCUGCUCACCAACAUUGAGUUCAUGUUUCCGCGGACUGGCCAUGUUUGGAAGGACAUCACACAUCGAGCAUUACCACUGUCGCUGUUUGAGACAUGGUCGAGCUGGACCUUCGAGGUGAUGUUCUAUUCUCUGAUCACUGUUCUCCUUUUUACAGAGCUUUGGGAGAUCUUCUGUCUGGUUCGAAGAAUGAGAAAGAAUAGAUUGGAUUGGCGAGGCUUCCUCGGCCUCUAUCUGAACGUCUGGAACUGUGUCGACUGGUGCUGUAUUGUCUUGGCGUAUUUGCUUCUUGGCUCUCAGUUGAAGAAGGCAUCAUUGACGAUUGAGCUCCGAGAAGGCUUAGAGGAGUAUCCGCAGACUGUGAGGAGCUGCUACCAGGACUCUCAGCCUGAGCUUUGCGCCGAUAGACAUGGAGAGGAGCUGCUCAAGCAGAUUGAAUCCGUUGGCAUUCUUGCGCAUAACUGCGCCUUGGAAGAGAGCAACAAGCAGAGCCAACCGUACAAGGCGUGCAUACAUGGCAUACGUGCAGUGGCUGCAGCUGACAGUGAUGCCAUAGCGCUGGGUCAGUUGCACUUGCUCGCCAGGCAACCACGUCUUGCGAUUUUGACACGCACACUGUCGGCUGCUGCGGUGGAUUUGUUCCACUUCGGACUGGGCGUUCUAGAGUCAUCCGUCGGCAGCGCUGAUGCUCAGGUGUUCCUGUCCGUCUUUGCAGCAUUCGCGGUGAUGGGAACAGCUUUCUUUGGAGAGGAUGAGCUGCAGUUUUCUACAUUGGAUCGAGCAGCCAGCGUCUUGUUCUUUGCCCUGAUGGGAGAAGUGCGCUGGACAUCCAUAGACAGUCUCGGACGCCCAGUUGCCCUCCUUUUCUUCGCAGCCUUUCAAUUCGUCGGACUCCUACUGAUGCUCAACAUGCUCAUCGCCAUUAUGAUGGACAUCUAUGCGUGCACGAAAAGUUGCGCCACAAGGAGCGAACCUUUAUGGACUUCAGUUAUGGAAGUAGCUACCCGCAAUUGGGAAGCCUUCAUGCGUCGCGAAGUUCCAUUACAAAAGCUGCUAAAGAUGUGCGAAAAGCAACGAGGUCUGGACAUGUAUGAGAGCGAGGAAAUCAUCCAAGUGCAGGACCUGAUGCAGUGGCUUCCAGGCCUCACAUCAGAACAAGCAGAGAGGAUCUUCUUCCAUGCUUUGUGGAACUACAGAAGGCAGAAGGACGAGCCAGUUGGCAUGGAAGAAGUCCUGCAAGCCGUUGCCGACACUCUGGCCGAUGUCGUUGCGCUUUCCGAGCUUCUGCCGCGCGCCGACCAAGUCGAAAAUGUAAGAGAAGGCUGUGAAAGCCGCGCUCAGAGUGAUGGCCACGAGAGCUUCGUGGAGAUGCACAGUCCCAGCGUCCUGGCACAUACCGAACGUCACUUUGACAGCCCGCGACCAUUGCCAACGCUGCAUCUCUCCCGCAAGAAGGGGUCCGUUGGAGAGCUUUCAAUCUUAGCGCACCGGUUCAUGAUUGACAGCUGCGAUCACGGACUGGUCCCGGAGGCGCGUCGAAGCUACGCGCAGAUUCUGAGGCGUCUUCAGUUGGACGGCUCGAGCUGCUUGAUGCUGACCGGAGCAACUGGACAUGCCUCAGAGUCGCACAAAGAGGAUCGGUGGAAGCUUUUCUACGAAGCAUUCGGGGACUUCUCGAAGCAAUCGAAGAAGGGACUGACAAGGUUCCUGAAGGCGCUGCAUGCCGUGAUCGAGACCGGAGAGGCGCUGCCUGUAUGGCGGCACAAAAAGGAUCGUGGCCUGAAGGCCUUGACAGAGCCUAUUUCCUUGAAGCUACGCAACAUGGCGAGUGGCAUCGCAUGCCCGGUGCUGGACAUACACUUGCCGAAGCAAGCACCGGCAUUGUCUGUUUCUGUGGAACCCCUGGUUCAGCUCACGGACCUUGCAAAUUUUCUCACAAAGGUUACACCAUGUAUUGACGAAGCAUACCUGAAAUUUUGUCAUCGGCUUAUUGGACAUAGGAUCUGGGACCAUCACACAGACAAAGCCUAUGAGGUGGUCGCCUUCGAGAUUUUCAGCCUCGGGCUGCCCAUCCCAGUGCACACAGUGCGGGCCGAAGAUGAGGACGCGAACCAGUGUUGGCUUCUGGCGAACCGCAGCUACGCAGUGCUGUCGCUCUCCGAGGAUGUUUCAGACCUGGCCCUGAAGGUGGCUUUAAACCAGCUUCAGGCCAUGACUCGAGCGGAAGAGUAUGUGGCCACUCUGGACAGGUUGGAGCACAUUCUCGCAGGGACGGAGGCUACGAAGAUCUCGGAAGUCAAGCCUGAGGAUCGAAGUGAUGCCGACGUUGCGUCAGAAGAAGCCAAAACAAAAGUCGUGAUGCUAGCAUCUGGCAAUUCCAUCCAGGUCCUGGAACUUAUCCGUGCUGAGAAGACACGCUGUGCCUUUGCUGCAGAUACCACGGAUGGCGACACCACCUGUGAACAGGCCGUGGAUCCUGCGAUGCGGGUGCACACGGUCAUGAUUGCCGUCUCUGACGAAAUCCCUUUCGAACUGUUCUGGCCAAUGGUCAAGGAUGACAUUGUUGGCGCGGUACGGGAGCUUUGUCCACGUGGUAUGCCGGGAAUGGAGGAGGCAGUUCAGGCGGGUGUUGCCAACAAUGGCAUGGGGCCGAUCGCGCAGAAGCUUACGCAGCAGGAGGCAGAAACCCUAGCAACACGUGUUGGACAUGUGGUCCAGACAGCCGUCGUAGUUGAUCAAGAAGCUCUUCAGGAGGCCCAAAAAGAGAAGGCCAAAAGCCAGCAGAAUGAGCCGCUGUCUGGACUCACGAGUCGCAUCCAAUUCACUCCGAAUGGAGACAAGACUUGGAUCCCAGGCACUGUUGUCGGGCAGCUCGGGGAACGCGUCAGCUUGGUUGACGACAAAGGGGUGCUGUAUGACAAGCUGCCGCGGGCACGCAUUCGCCUUCCGCCCGGAAAGAGGGACAGCACGGGAAGCGCCAACGGUGCUCCGAUCCAGGCAGUGCUUUCUCAGGCAGACCUGGUGCGAAUCCGGGAGCACCUCCGGCGUCGACAAGAAGAAUGGGCCGAGCGUCACGCGCAGAACGUCUCUGCAAACGCUGGAGCGAAUGGUACUGGCGGAAGAACUGGCACUGCAGGUGAAGAGGCUGGCGUUGCCGGCAGUGAACAAAGGACGCCGACUUCUUCGCGCCCGACAUCUGCACCAGCAGUGGCAGCGUUGAUGCAUCGAUCACGAGCUUCUUCCGCACCUUCGAUUGACGGAGCCGUAAGACGUGGUAUGAGCAUUCUAUCUCGAGAAGGUUCACUCAGUGAAGUAGACGGCAACAGCGGUGCUCUAGAUGUGGUUCAGUUCAUGGAAGACGAGGGCAUGGGUGACGACGAUUUUGACGAGGAGGGAGGGCCUGUCGACGAUGACGAGGAUGAAGAUCUUCCUCCUCUAGAAGCGCACGAGGCCGACGGUGGCCUUGCAGCAGGACGUCUUGGAGCUAGCAGAGGAAGCGAUGGCGAAAACAGAGAGUUUGGGAUCGGCGAAGCUGGAUCCAUGGAAGAGGAGCUACGGAUGCUGGAGCAACUUCGCGCCAUGGAGCAGAUUAUCUCCGAGGUUCUGGACCCCUCAGACUCGAGCCGCUUGAGGCGACCGGGUGGAGACUCAGCUGGUGAUGAUUUCUUCAGCGCCCCCAUGGCUAGCCUGCGCAUCCGUAUGGGUGGCAGUGAUCUGCGGGUGCCAGUUGAGACUUGUCAGAUCCGCAGAGGCGGUGGUGGCAAAGGUGGAAGCGAACCACUCCGUGGCGAGUUCCCGUCCUUCGUGCGAUCUGCAGAUUCUGCGAAUGCAACAUCCACUCUCGAUCAUCCUGUUGUGGAGCGCCUCGGUGCCUCAGAUCUCAUUGCUGCUCAAGGCGGAGACGAUCCGGCAGAUGGUGAGCGAGGUGUGCAACCUCCGCAAUUCUCGGCACGCUUCUGCCUGUGCUCCAGAGAGGAACCCGGGAAGGAUUCCAGCAAUGUCGUCGAAUCGGCGACCGGG